CGUCCCCACGCGCGCUGUCCGUCUUCCUCUGCGCCGUCUUCCUGUGCGAUUCUUGGCCGCCGCCGCCCAUUUCUCCCUCCGCCAUGGACGACGUCGCCGAGGGGAAGAACUUCUCGUUCCCCGGCCAGGAGGAGCGGAUCCUCCAGUUCUGGUCCGACAUCAAGGCCUUCGACACCCAGCUGGAGCGCACCCGGGACCUCCCCGAGUACGUCUUCUACGACGGUCCCCCCUUCGCCACGGGGCUCCCCCACUACGGCCACAUUCUCGCCGGCACCAUCAAGGACGUCGUGACCCGGUACCAGGCCAUGCGCGGCCACCACGUGACGCGGCGGUUCGGCUGGGACUGCCACGGCCUCCCCGUGGAGAGGGAGAUCGAUAAGAAGCUGGGGAUCAGCAAGAAGGACGACGUGCUCGCGCUCGGUAUCGAUAAGUACAACGAGGAGUGUCGGAGUGUUGUCACCAGGUAUGUCGAGGAAUGGGAGAAGAUUAUCACUCGAACGGGGCGGUGGAUUGACUUCCGUAACGAUUAUAAGACUAUGGACUUGAAGUUCAUGGAGACUGUCUGGUGGGUCUUUGCUAAGCUCUUUGAGAAAGACCUUGUGUAUAAAGGUUUCAAGGUCAUGCCAUACAGCACUGGUCUGAAGACACCCCUAUCAAAUUUUGAAGCCGGGGAUAACUAUAAGGAGGUAUCUGAUCCUGAGAUCAUGUUGGCUUUCCCAAUAGUGGGAGACUCGCACAAGGCUGCUUUUGUCGCAUGGACAACAACCCCAUGGACUCUUCCGAGUAAUCUUGCACUUUGUGUUAACUCAAACUUUACAUAUGUCAAGGUUCGAAACAAGUAUUCAGGAAAGAUAUAUGUGGUUGCUGAAUCGAGGUUAUCCUCCCUUCCUAGCGAAUCUCAAAAACGAAAGACAACCAAUGGACCUGUUGAUGAAACAAAGAAGUCAAACCCUAAGAGUAAGGGGUCUGGAAGUAAAAAGGCUGAAGAUGUGUCCUAUGAAAUCUUAGAGAAGUUCUCAGGAGCUUCCCUCGUGGGAAUGAAAUAUGAACCAUUGUUCAAUUACUUCGUGGAGUUGACAGAUACUGCUUUUAGAGUUGUUGCAGACAACUAUGUCACUGAUGACAGUGGUACAGGAAUUGUUCACUGUGCUCCUGCAUUUGGAGAAGAUGAUUAUCGUGUUUGCCUUGAAAAUCAAGUGAUCAGUAAGGGAGAGAACCUGAUUGUGGCAGUUGAUGAUGAUGGUUGUUUUACCAGUAAAAUUACUGACUUUAGUGGGCGCUAUGUCAAGGAUGCAGAUAAAGAUAUUAUUCAAGCAGUGAAGGCCAUGGGCAGACUAGUCAAGUCUGGAAGCUUCACUCAUUCUUAUCCUUAUUGUUACAGAUCUCAAACCCCUCUUAUAUAUCGAGCUGUCCCAAGUUGGUUUGUCCGGGUGGAGAAUGUGAAGGAGCAGUUGUUAGAGAAUAACAAACAGACUUACUGGGUUCCCGAUUAUGUGAAGGAAAAACGAUUUCACAAUUGGCUGGAAAAUGCAAGGGAUUGGGCUGUCAGUCGAAGCAGAUUUUGGGGCACUCCUCUACCGAUUUGGAUUAGUGAGGAUGGCGAGGAAAUCAUUGUCAUGGACUCUAUCGACAAACUUGAAAAGCUUUCUGGUGCCAAGAUUUUCGAUCUACACCGACACAAUAUUGAUCAUAUAACAAUCCCCUCCAGUCGAGGUCCAGAGUUUGGUGUGCUUCGACGUGUACCUGACGUUUUCGAUUGUUGGUUUGAGAGUGGAUCCAUGCCUUAUGCUUACCUCCAUUACCCAUUUGAGAAUGUUGAACUAUUUGAGAAGAAUUUUCCUGGGCAUUUUGUGGCUGAAGGAUUGGAUCAAACUCGUGGAUGGUUUUACACACUUAUGGUGUUGGCUACUGCAUUAUUUGGAAAACCUGCAUUUAGGAAUCUCAUCUGCAAUGGACUAGUUCUUGCUGAGGAUGGGAAAAAGAUGAGCAAGAGCUUGAAAAACUAUCCUUCUCCCUUGAAUGUUAUAAAUGAUUAUGGGGCCGACGCAUUGCGUUUAUACUUGAUCAAUUCUCCAGUUGUGCGUGCAGAGGUUUUACGGUUCAAGAAGGAAGGGGUCUAUUGUGUCGUCAAGGAUGUAUUUCUUCCAUGGUACAAUGCGUAUAGAUUUCUUGUCCAAAACGCAAAGAGACUUGAGGUUGAGGGGUCUGGACCAUUCUUUCCUAUUGAUCAAGCUGCUCUCCAGAAAUCUUCUAACGUACUUGACCAAUGGAUAUACUCAGCCACUCAGAGUCUUGUUCAUUUUGUCUGCCAAGAAAUGGAUGGAUAUCGACUAUAUACGGUUGUACCGUAUCUCUUGAAGUUUCUUGACAACCUGACAAAUAUAUAUGUUCGCUUCAAUCGCAAGAGACUAAAAGGUCGUACUGGAGAUGAAGACUGCCGCACAGCUCUUUCAAUGCUUUACAAUGUCCUUUUAACUUCAUGCAAAGUAAUGGCCCCAUUCACACCUUUCUUUACAGAGGUUCUUUACCAAAAUAUGCGAAAAGUUUGCAAAGGAGCAGAAGAAAGUGUUCAUUUUUGCAAAUUUCCUCAGGAAGAAGGAAAGCGUGGUGAACGAAUAGAACAAAGUGUCGCAAGAAUGAAGACUAUAAUUGAUCUUGCUCGUAAUAUUCGUGAGCGUCAUGGCAAGCCUCUAAAAAUGCCACUUAGGGAGAUGAUAGUGGUUCAUUCGGAUGUAGACUUUCUUGAUGACAUAGCAGGAAAACUAAAAGAGUAUUUGCUGGAAGAACUGAAUGUACGAUCUCUUGUCACAUCAAAAGAUAUUUUGACAUAUGCCACUCUUCGUGCUGAGCCAGAUUUCAGCGGAUUAGGAAAGAGGCUUGGAAAGGCCAUGGGAAUAGUUGCUAAGGAAGUCAAAGCAAUGUCGCAGGACGACAUUUUGGCUUUUGAGAAAUCAGGAGAACUAACCAUUGCUUCACAUUGUUUGAAGCGGGAGGAUAUUAAGGUUGUUCGAGUUUUUAAAUGUCCUGCUGGCAGGACUGAGAAGGAGAUUGAUGCAUCUGGAGAUGGUGAUGUUCUGGUCAUUCUGGACUUGCGUGCGGAUGAGUCAUUGUUUGAGGCUGGGGUAGCUCGUGAGGUGGUUAACAGAAUUCAAAAGCUCCGGAAAAAGGUUGGACUCGAGCCAACUGAUGUAGUGGAGGUUUACUUCAAGUCAUCUGAUGAAAAUGAAUCAGUUCUGCACCAAGUUUUAAAUUCACAGGAAUCUUACAUCAGGGAGGCAAUUGGUUCUCCGUUGUUACCUUCUUCUCUGAUGCCAUCUGAUGCUGUCAUCAUAGGUGAAGAUAGUUUCCGCACUACUGCUAAUUUAUACAUUGCCAUCAGUUUGACCAGACCCAUGCUGGUGUGCAAGUCUGACUCUGUACUUGCAUUAUAUGGAGGUGACAGAAAAGCUGCCCAAGGUUUGAUGACAUAUUUGAGGUCAAGGGACAACUUAAAUCUUAAAGCUGAGUUUCAACUCGGAAAUGGGGAGAUUCUGGUUGACUGCAUCGAGAAUCAGCCUGCCGUGAGGGUGGUAUUGGGAGAUCAUGUAUUUUUGACAGUCGGCGACGAUUAUUUGAGUAACGAAUCUUAGUUUGAUAUACCGCCAUAGCUACUACACGGAUUUUUGCCAACCUGAGCAUUUCUUGCAGCCUGUUAUAGUCAAAAUGUCCCUGACCAACGAGCAUUAAUUUGUUAAAAAAACAUUUGAAGUGUC